AUGCCUACUGCUCUAGAGUGGGAUGACGUGAAGAAGAUUGACCCGGCAACCGUCCAUGAACAUUACAAAGAUGAAAUCGACAGUGUCAUCAACCUUCUCACUUCGUCUGAAGAGUGGGAGGUGCAGCAUCAAGCUCAGGAAGACAUUGUCCACAUACUGCAAGUGUUUCAGGCCCUACUCAAGAUGAAGCAUCAUGAAGCUUUUCUUGCUGAACAACUAGUUGAAGAACAAGAGAAAAAUGAAGCUAAACUUCUCGCCAAGGUGUCGAGACUGGAGGAAGAACUGGAGUAUGCUGGCACCAGCCCAGAGAACCUCUUCCUGAGAAAUGAGGUUCGGCAGCUUAAAGGCCAGCUGAUGCGGAAGGAGGAGAUGGCGAACCAGCUGAAGAAAGAAAUGAAAAGAGAAAAGAAGACCACAGAGAAUUUGUUUAUGCGGGCAGAAGCAGCAGAGGAUGACCUUAAGAUGUUGAAAAGAGAGAACACGCAGCUCCAGCGGGAUGUGGACUUUUAUCACGGAGAGCUGGAACGCAAGGAGGCGGGUCCAUCCAGAGACGAGAACGCCGAGACUCAGAGGAAGCUCAACUCUGCCAACCGCCAGCUCUCCCAGUGCCUGGACGAGCUGCAGCAAGCGGAGGAAGAAAUUUCACAACUGAAAGCUGACAACCAGCACAUGCAGAAAUGUCUGAUGGAGUCCACCAAGGAGAUGGAGAAGAUGAGCGACGAGUACAACCAGAUGAAGAUGGCCGUCCAUGAGUGCGACUCCAUGACAGACCAGCUCAGGAAAGAGAGGGAUCAUGCCGAGCUGCAGGUCAGAGAGCUGAGACAGAAGAUUAAAGACAUGACAGAAGAGGACGACCCAAUCAUGGCAGUGGUAGACGCCAAAGUGAACGAAUGGAAGAAAGUGCUGUUUGGAAAGGAUGAGGAGAUUUUGGUGUACCAGCAGAUGAUCCGUGACCUUGAGCAAAAGUUACGUCUGGCCCAGCUGGACUUGGACAGAGUCAACAUUAUUGCCUUACAGCAGGUCGUGGAAGAUCGCGAUGAUCAGAUCAAGAUCCUGAGAGAGCAAGUGGAGCAGUAUACAAGGGAAAUGGAGAAGCAAACCUUGUUCAUGGAGAGUCUGAAAUUGUCUAAAAAGCAAGUUGGAGGUGAGUGGGUCAAGGUUCUGAACAGAACAGAGACAUUUCAAAAGCUGGAGUCCAAGCUGGAAGCUUCGGAGACCCGAGCAACAGAAGCAGAGGAGGCUCUGAAACGAGCUGAAGCUCACGCUGAAGAAAAAGACAAGGAACUCAUUGAGGCUUCAAAGCGCUUGAGAGAGUAUGAGUCUGGAAUUUAUGGCCUGGAAGAAGCUGUUGGCGAGAUUAAGGAGUGUAAAAAUCAAAUCAGAAGGAGAGAUGCCGAUUUGGAGACCAUGACCAAAGAGAUCAACCAAAUGGACAUGAGAAUGAACGAGCUCAUGGAGGAGAAUGAGAAUUUCAGAGACAGACUAGGAUAUGAACCCGGAGAAGUGGAUCUGACAGAGUUCCGACGAGCCAAAGGACUCAAACAACGGCAGUACAAAGCAGAAAAUCAAGUUCUGACUAAAGAGAUUGAACGUCUUGAAGAGGAAAGAUUGGAGAUGAAGAAACAAGUCAGACUCCUGGCCAAGCAGAGAGGACUGCCACAGUCCAACUUUAUGAAGGAUGAUGUCACACACACUAAAAGGUGGCAAAUUCCUAAACUGAGCAGCACUCACAUGGAUGAAGAGCUCAGAGCCAAGAAUGAAUGCCUAGAAAAAGAAGUGAAGAUGCCAAAGAAAGAGAUGGAACUCCAAAGGAACCAGUUACAGCUCAACUUGGAUCAGCUAGCCAAGGAAAAAAGAGAUGUGGUGAGUGUACUCAUAGAUGUCCUCCAGGCUUUGAAGGCUAGAAACGACACAAAUAUACCCAGUCUGAAAAAACUGCACAAUCACAAUCUGAAGGUCUUCGUCAUGGAGAUGGUGAUGGGCAUCCAAGAGGAGCAUGCUAAAAUCCUUCAGGAGAAGAUAAAAGCAGAGGAGGAGAGCAGGAGGGCAAAACGAAGAGCAGACAAUCAGGAACAGAGGCUUCGAGAGAUGAAGGAGGCUUGCAAAGGUUUGGAGGAGAAAUUAAAGGAGAAAGAAAUGGCGGUGUGGUGGCCUGAACAGGGUGUUUUGUCCAAGGAGAAACAGAAUAGCGAGCUACCGGCUGCUGGGAGAACAGAACAUCUCCUUGAAGAACUGUUUGAUCAUAAAGGAGAACUGGACAGCCAGGGUUCCCUCACGUUGGUCCAUAAGACCAUCAAAGAUCUUCAAGGGCGACUCAACCAAAAAGAGGAUUUGCUCAAGAAGUACCAGAACCAGAUGACUCGAGCAGGAAAGGAUCAAGAAGAGAUGAUAAAGAGACACGCUGAGGAGAUGAAGAUGCUGUAUAAGAAGUUGGACUCCAACAACAACAUUGCUCUGGACCGCUUCAAACGUCAGGCAGCGGAAGUGAUGAAGAAGCCCAGCAUCAUCAUGCCAACAUCCCAACAUCUGGACCGUGUGACUGAAUUGGAGCAGACAGUGGCUGAACAGGACAUAUCACUCUCGUCCAUCACCAGGAAGCUGAAGCUCACCACUGCAGAGUUGGAGCGACAGAAGAUGACUGUGGACACACAGGCUAAGAAACAUGCCAACGAGGUGUCGAGGCUGAAGAGAUGUCAUGCUGCAGAGGUGGAAGAUCUGACCAUUGAGACUAAAGACCAGAGGAGCCAGAUAUUGGAGAUGAAAAAGGAGGUGGAUUCCCUCUUAAAUGAGCUGGAGAGCCAAAAGGAGGCCAAUGUUUUAUCCCCGAGCAACACCAUGAAGAACUUGGUGGAACAACUGAAAGCGCAGCUGGUCCACAAGGAGAAACAAAUCAAAGCCCUCAGUAGAGUUCUGAUAGACCUGCGGUCGAAAAUGACAUCUGCUGCAGAACAACAAGUUUUAGCAAAUGCUUCACAGACUGAGGAGAGGCUCAACGUGCAGAGGAUGGUUGACAAGUACACCAAAGACCUGAAGGCUCAGGUGCAAGAGCUUAGCGAUGAACUUGAAGCUGCAAAGGAGUCUGCCAGAAAAAGUGAGAACUCUCUCAAGAAUCUGGUGGACAGCCUCAACAAGAAACUACAAAAAAGCCAGAACCAUCAGAAGUCCCUCCAGGUUCAAAAGGAGGAGAAAGAACAAGAAAUCCAAGAGCUGGAGAAGCAAAUGAAGUGCCGUGGUGACUCCAUUCAGAGCAAAGAGAAAGUUCUGCUCUGGGAGCAGGGUAAGAAAUGGCGGUCCAAGUUGGAGAAAAUGAAGAACACUCUGAGGGACAAGGAAUGUGAAAAUUACUCCCUGUCCAAACAACUCAGUACUAUAAAAGACCUCAAUGCCAGGCUGGAGAAAGAGAAGAACGCACUGCAGAAUAGGUCGAGGCCUCGAGGAGUGACGGCUGAUCAGGUGGUGGGAGAGAGAAGAGAUGAGCCGGCGAACGAGGUUGAGGGGCUGAAAGAAAAGAACACCACUCAGUUGCUCAUCAUAAAGCAACAGCAGACUGGCGAGAGCGCUGUGGAGGAUUUUACCCAGAAGAACCAAACCCUUGAGGAGAGACUGCAAUCCUUAGAGAAGCAGAUAUCCAGCAAGUUUCCAGCAAGACCACAUGCAUCGGAGAAGGAUGCUGAGACACUAUCGCAGAGAGACCAGGACCUGCAGAAAGAGAACCUCAAGCUGGCCUCCGAGAACUUGGAGCUCCGCCUCCAACUAGCACAGGCCAACAUAGACUUGCCAAGAGUCUCGAAUAAAGUUACAAACCUGGAGGAAAUGUGCAAUGCCCUGAAAAAUGAAAAUGCUGGUCUCCAGAACAGACUUUCUCAUACAUACCAAGCCGAGAUGUGGCAUGUUCCAGAUGAUGCAGAGACAAAAAUCAGUGACCUGACGAAAGAAAAUCUGGAGCGGGAACAAAAACUAGAAGAGCAACACGAUUACAAGACGUUGGCCGCAGCAGAACCAGAGAAGAGCGAAGUUCUGAGUGUUGUUGAUGAGACUGAAGAUUAUAAGUACACCGAUUUGCAGGAUUGAGAGGUGGUGCACUAACACUUUGAUCCUUGU